CUGAAACCAGUACACGGGAGAGCCGACCUCCAGCAGACAACACAGUCUUGAGUGGCAGAUCCAUACUUUACUCCCUCACCUGACACCUCCCAACGACCGAUCGUGACGACAACCAUGGCGCAAGACCCACGAGCUCUACUUCAGAAGGCGGAAAAGGCUGCGCAGUCUGCCGGAGCUGGCUUCUCUCUAUUUGGAGGCCGCACGGAGAAGUACGAGAACGCCGUCGAGCUCUACACACAGGCAGCAAACGCUUUCCGCAUGCAAAAGGCUGGCAAGGAAGCGGGGCAGGCUUUCGAGCGGGCCGCGUCUCUACAGUCCCAGAAAUUGAACGAGCCUGAUGAUGCGGCAAAUACGUUGACGGAGGCAUACAAAUCGUACCGGAAAGAUGAGCCUGAGGAAGCGGCGCGAUGCUUGGAGCAGGCCAUACAACACUACACAAUGAAGGGCAACUUCAGAAGAGCAGCGACACAUAAGCAGAACAUCGCAGAGCUAUACGAGGUCGAGCUAGGCGACCAGAAGCGGGCAAUGGAGGCAUACGAGAUGGCAGCGGCCUGGUAUGAGAACGACAACGCCGAGCAACUCGCGAACAAGCUAUAUCUGAAGCUCGCCGAUAUCGCCGCCCUCGAAGCGGACUAUAACAAAUCCAUCUCGAAUUACGAGCGGAUAGCCAAAUCCGCCAUCAACAACAACCUGAUGAAGUGGUCCGUCAAGGAGUAUUUCUUGAAAGCCGGAAUCUGCCACUUGGCGAACGGAGACUCGGUCGCGACCAACAGAGCGCUCGAAUCUUACCGCGACCUUGAUCCGGCUUUCAGUCAGACGCGCGAGCAUCAGCUCUUGGUCGACCUUUCCGAGGCGGUAGAAGAGGGCGACCAAGAGAAGUUUGCCGACAAAUUGUUCCAAUUCGACCAGAUGUCAAAGUUGGACAAGUGGAAGACCACCCUUCUCCUUCGGGUGAAGGAGAACGUGGAAAGCAAGGAAGAAGACUUCGCAUGAGCUGGGACCGUGAUCUGGUGUGGUGCACAAAGCGGCAAUGGGUUUGGGGUGGACGUGAUGCCGCUGACUGGUAAUCCCCUCUGGCUUUCAGCGAUAGAGUGUGCAACACUGCUGUGAAGGUCAUACUCUUUGCGCUGCCGGUACACCGCGAUCUCUCCAGUAUGUCAUGAUCGUAUUGUGUCCGACUAUUCACCAGGGCUCUUCCCUUUCUUCGCGGCGGCCGAGGUACGAGACGAUUCCGUGCCGAACAAUGCUUGUCUUAUUCCCCAAGCAAAGCCGGUCCUCUUCAAUUCAUCCUUUGCCUCGUUCAAGUCCGAUGUGAUGGCCUGGCUGAUCUUCUUUUCCUGCUCCCUGAUAUCCUGGUCCUUGUGUGACGCUGCGAGGGGCGACUCUCUUCUUUCCUUCUGUUCCUCGAGAGCUGGCUGGAAUGUGGUAUAUGCUGUAGCUAUACCACAUACCGUGGCCAAACUCACCGCGAUGACAUUGCCUCCAC